CCUUUUCGUGUUAGCAAAUAUUACUAGUUGCAUCUGUGUUGCAUUUAGUAGUUGAAACAUGCUGCAGUACUCAGUGUUGAUUCCUGUGCCAUGAUGACAAUGAGCAGCAGUUGACACUUUGCCGUAAUUAACCCAGGAAACUUUGCCCUCAUUUGACUGACACUGCUUGGUGCAGCUCCCCAGGAUGGGCUGUGUUAAUUCCAAGGAGAACGGGAAUGCCGGCAAUCCUAAUUCCAGCAGCAGUGCCGAAAAAGAUUUUAAAUCCAUGUCAACAGAACAGCUGGCAGAGGAGUUGAAAACAGCUGUUGACAGAGGAGAAGGCAAAACAGCAGUGAGUAUCAUCUGUGCCUGUAAAGAAAUGCCAGUUGCGCUGAAUGAAGCAUUCAAAGAGAAAUACCAGCAGAGCAUUCCAGAAGCAUGUGCCCACAAACUUCAAGACCCUGUGAAAUUUGGACUCACUUUAUUAUUUGAGGAAACAGUCAAGGCCAGUGCAGUUUACCUGAAAGAAUGCAUUGAACACAGAGAUUUGGAAAGUCUGUGUGAGAUGUUUGCGAGCUGUGAUGAGGAAGAUGUGGAGGGUUUUAGUGCUGAGUUUACAAAACAGUGUGAAGGACAAACCCUGGCUGAUGCAUUACAAAAUGGAAACUUUGGAGAUGAAGACACUGUUGAAGCUUUAAGGUCACUGAUAGAGUUUCAGAGUAGCAGGGAAUCCAAUGAGUGUGUUGAAACUGAAACUGUCAUAUCAGCUGUAGAGAGUGGGAAUCUCUUUCAUGGAGACAAAGUCUUCUUUAAAUUAUUAUCUAAUAGUGCAAGAAAACACACCAAAGAGGUUUUUGAGUCCUAUUUAAAGAGAUGUCAGAGAGACAUAACAGUAGAGAUAGAGAAGCAUUACUGUGAUACAAACCUGAGUGAGGCAAGGCAAAAUAUGUCAGUUAUAGCUCAAGUGAUCCGGACAGCUCCCCUGUACUAUGCCCAGACACUCCAGCGACUGCUUCCUUCCCAGGAGGUCCACAGUAUUAACAGAGCUCUGUACAUCAUAGUAUGGUCUCAUCACAAGGGCAUUCUAACCUCUGUGAUGGAGAACUAUGAAAGCACACACUUCACUCAGCUGAUGAUGGAUGUGCGUUCUCAGUGUAAGAACGCGGAGGCAAGACAGCUGAUGGUGAACAUACUACAGAGACACAAGGCAGGACUACUGAACUAG